GGGGGGGACGACGGCGGCUCCGCAGAUAGGAUUGACCUGAAGAUGAAACCCUCUGCCACGUAUGAGCUGUUAGUGGACGGUGUUGGGCCAUGGGACUUCACGGGCGGUUUUGUUCCUUGUGAGCUGCUACUUGUUGGAGAGGAUGCCUACCCUGUGCUUGUGAGCUCUAAGAAGCAGGUUCUGAUUGCCAUUUCACAGUAUGGGAAGGGCCGGAUGGUGGUUGUUUCCCAUGAAGGAAUCUUGAAGGACUCCAAGUUUUCCCGGUUCCUCAGAAAUGCUGUGGAGUGGCUCAAGCCUUCCCCCGAGGCCCUGGUUGGGGUCCAUCCUCGUUUGGAUUCCCUCUCCCAGCUGCUGCUCAGGGCUGGCACCAAAGUACAGGCUGGGGCAGCUCAGCCCCCCCUGGGGGUGUACUGUCUGGACGCCUAUGACAAUACGCAAGCAAAAGAUCUGGUUGGCUUUGUAAAGGGGGGUGGAGGACUGCUCAUUGGAGGCCAAGCCUGGCACUGGGCUAGUCGACAUGGCAAGGAGAAGGUGCUGUGUGAAUUCCCUGGGAACCAGGUGACCAGUGUGGCUGGCGUGUACUUCACAGGAAACGCCGUGGAGAAAGGCAUCUUCAAAGUUUCCAAGAAAAUUCCUAAGAUCCCAUUAAUUGUGAGGCACCAGGCCAACCUCAGCCUUGAUGCUGACUUUCUCCUGCGUGGUGUGUCGGAGCUGGAUUUGGUGACAGGGGGCAUACCCUCCAUCUUGCUGGUGCAUGGUGUACUCUCCUUCCCACUCUGCCUGGACAGCUCGCAUCGCUGCCUCUUAGCUGCGGCACGCUAUGGCCAAGGCCGUGUUGUGGUGGCAACCCACGAGAGCCAGCUGUUCUCCCCAAAGCUGGCCAGAUUCCUGCUCAAUGCUGUCCGCUGGCUGGAUGCUGGGAGAAAGGGGCUGGUGGGCGUGAAUGCCAGCCUGAAGAAACUGUGUAGCCUCCUCUCUCAGGAAGAGGUGAAGUCGCAGGUGUCACAGCUGACAGGUGACAUCAGCGUGUACUGCUGCUCUUCUUACAGCGACAGAGAGGCGGAGAGGGUUCACGCUUUCGUGGCAGAGGGAGGUGGCCUCCUGGUUGGAGGCCAGGCCUGGUACUGGGCUUCCCAGAACCGUGGCAAAGCUGCUGUGGCAAAAUAUCCUGGCAACAAAAUCCUGAACCGCUUUGGGCUGAGCAUCCUGGGACAGAGCGUCCAGGCAGCUAAGCACCCAGUUGUGGGGUCUGGGGAGCACUACCACUUCCGCAAGGCGCUCGCUCUUUUCAACAGGCAUGUAGACAAGCAUGAGGAGCUCAAGGCCCCCUUGAAGGACUGGCUGCAAAGGCUAGCACAAGACUGCACUGCCUUUCUGCACAUUCCAGCCCACGACUGCCCUGCAUAUGCCUCGCUCCACCGCAUCCUGACCAAAGUGCUUCAGAGAAGUGGGAUCCCACAUGUCAGCAGGCACUGCCCUGUCAAGAGCAACUCCAAAGAGGCAGUCCUUCUCUGCAUGGCGACCGAGCUGUCCCUCACUAUGACGGACAGCACAGCCCUAGUGCAGAAAUCUGCUGCUGGUGUCUGUACCCUCCCCGUCACUGUGGAAAUUGAUGGCACAAACCCAGGUGAGGAGUCCUGGAGGAGUACGGGACUCUACCUUCCUGAAGGGCACACAGCAGUUAUAACAUUCCCUUGCCUGGCGGUCGGUGCUGGUCUGAAGGUGCAGAUUGGGUGUCACACGGAUGACCUCUCCCACGCCACAGAGCUGAAACGGGCCCCAGUGGUAAUACGCACCUGUGAUAUUGCCUGCCAGAAACACUCUAUUUCCUGCCUCUGGGGUGGACUCAUUUACAUCGUAGUACCAACAAGGAGCACCCUGGGGAAAGUGCCCAUCACGGUAGAAGGGGCAGUCAGAGCUCCUUUCUUCAAGCUUGGGGAGACCUGUGAAAGCCAGUGGAAGGCCUGUAUCCGGCACUACCCAGCUCCCUGGGCAGAACUGGCUGUUGAGAAUCUCAUCCUGACAGUGCCGUCUGACAGCAUCCGCCACAUGGAGAACCCACAGCCGCUGCUGACCCUGUGGAAUGAGAUCAUGGAGGCAAUAAGCAAAUUGGCAGCCAUACCAACAAAAUUCCCAAGGCCAGAGAGGAUUGUAACAGAUGUCCAGAUCUCAUUUGGCUGGAUGCAUGCUGGCUACCCCAUCAUGGGCCACCUAGAUUCGGUGAAGGAGAUGUUAGACAUCAAGCACAUGCAAACUACUGGUCUUUGGGGUCCUGUCCAUGAGCUGGGACACAAUCAACAGCAGCAAGCGUGGGAGUUUCCCCCUCAUACCACAGAAGCCACCUGCAACCUCUGGUCUGUCUAUGUUCAUGAGAAGGUGCUGGGGAUUCCCAGGCAUCAGGCCCAUCAGGCACUUAGGUCACAGUGUCGGGAGGAAAGGAUAAGAGAGUAUCUGAAGAAAGGCACUCAACUAAAGGACUGGGAGGUGUGGACUGCUCUGGAGACUUACCUGCAGUUGCAGGAAGGAUUUGGUUGGGACCCCUUCAUCCACCUCUUCUCUGACUACCAGAAAAUGUCCACCAUCCCAAAAGACAACCCUUCUAAGAUGAACUUGUGGGCACAGAAGUUUUCUCAGCAGGUGAAUAAGAACUUGGCUCCAUUUUUUACAGCCUGGGGAUGGCCUAUCAAGAAAGAGCUGUCUGUGGAACUGUCCUCUUUACCCAGCUGGGAACAGGACCCAAUGAGAUCUUAUAGACCAUGAAGGAAAAAUACGUAAACCUUGAUUCUCGUACUAGCUAUGGCCUAUCUUUUUCUCCUUGUGUGCUGCAUGGUAGCUCACUGGGUGCUUAGCUUUACACUGAAUUCUUUAGCUUCUUGCUGUCAAUGGAGCAAGGGCAACAGAAAUUCAACAGAAACUUGUGUGCAGAUCAGCAACCAUCUAAGCCAUCUUCUGAAGGGUUAAAUAACGAAUGAGAUUUGUUCUGGGUUCUUCACCUCAGGAGGAAUAUAAUUCUGAGUAGAUUUAGUUGCCGCAGAACCUUUCUCUCAUGAAAUGGAAGUUUUCAGGGUGGAGCAGUCACUGGAGCUGUCUCAAGGACAAUACCAAUAGAAUAUGGAUCUUUAAAGCAAAUAGUAGCCUCCACAAUGUUGUAUUCUUCAGUUAUAAUCUCAGUAACAUGAGAUUUUCGCUACGGUUUUGGUUACCCUAAAAUCCCUAAUUUUUAAUUGCUCUAAGUAUGCAGAACUUUCACACCUACUAUCAUGAAAGUGACCUUAUAAUGCUUAUAUACAGCUUAUAUAAUACAUAGCUGAUUGAUACUGAUAUGCUGUAGAUUUCUUCCUACAUUGUAUGACUGUGUCACCCAACAUCCAGCUUUAUGUGAAUAAGUCAAUUAUAAGUUGUAGCUGUCACUCUUACCAUAGCCUGACAGCAAGAUACAUGCAAUGCGAGAUGGGAGAGUGGAAACAAAGAGGUGACUUGAUUGUAGUCAGUAAUGGUGUAACUUGUGGACUCAUCAAAGGUUAAAAAGUAGGCGCUGACAUGACAGCCUGAGGGAGCAGAGAGGAGGAAGACAACAGUUCAUCAAGACAGGGGACCAGCCUUUUCCAAGGAGCAACAGAAGUUAAUGUUUCCUCCACCUCAUUCAUAAUUGCUUGGCUAUUAUGGGGGCUGGCAAGCAUGUUAAUGUUUAGCCUAAUAGCAUACCAGUCCCAACCCAUUCCUUGUGUAUCAGCAAUAAAUAAAACAAUCA